AUGGUUCGACAAGCUGCACGUAGGAAUGGAGCUGAGGAGGGCGACAUGCCGCUGUGGGCAACCAAGUUGAUCGAGCGAUUCGACGCAUUCUCCACGACAUUCGAGAGGACCGUAAUGCGUGUUAUCAAAACAUGGAAUGCGCUCCCAUUGGAAACUAUCACCGCGAGAUCUACAUUCGUUUUCAACAGAGAAGAAAUUUUUGAGGUUUCGACGUUCCUUUUCUCCGCAAUGAAUUCUAACUGA